AUGCCCAUGCGCACGCCCACGCUCGAGCGCCCACAGCACUCCCACGCCAUCGGGCUCCCUCCCACCGCAGGGACCCAAUGGCACCAGGACUCCGAGCGCGCCCGGACCUCGGGACUACACUUCCCAGAAGGCCGCGCGUGGAGGUUCUGGGCGGGGUUCCGGCUCGGUCUCCAUGGUGAAGCCACUUCCUCCCGUCCCGCGCCUAGCGAUCUUGGGCGCGCGCUCGCAGCCGGCUCCGCUCUGCUCCGUCCUCGACUGCUCUGGGCCGGACUAAGUGGGAGCGGGGGCAGGCCAGAGCUGGGUGGAUGGGGGAGCAUACGGGGAAGGAAGGUGGGCGGGGAGGGGUGGAGAGAGCCGCACCGGCCCAGUCACACUCCGAGCCCCGCCACCUCCGCCAACGAGAGCUUCCGUUGGCUGGACCUCGGGGCGAAGGAGCCAAUCAGCAGGGGCCCCGCUAUCUCCCCGCCCCUCCUGAGGGAGAGCAGCUCAGCCUCGGCCCGGAGGAGGGGGCCAGGCAUGGCGCCCAUGCUGCAGACCACAGGGAUCCACCUGGAAUCGGUGACCUUCGGGGAUGUGGCCGUGACCUUCACCCCCGAGGAGUGGGGGCACCUGCACCCCUCCCAGAAGGAGCUCUACCGAGAAGGGAUGCUAGAGAACUACAGGCACCUGGUCUGCCUGGGUCAGAAGCCUAGGCCUAAAGCCAAGGAGUCCUCUCCACAGCUGGGCCUUUCUAUGGAAGAAUCAUUUCAGAAAGUACUCACCAGGGAUAGUCUCUCUGUUUCAAGCUUGGGAGAAAUCUGGGGACAUGAUGCCAGAUUGAAGAAAGAGCAGAAAGAUCAAAAGGAACACACCCAACAAAAAACCAUUACUCAUAGGAGGCCUUCCAAUGAAGCAAGUAUCCAUGAACAUAAAAAACAUGGGGAAAGCAUUGGUCUGUGGCCAGGCCUUUUUCCAGAACAAAGAGAACCUGUAGGAAAUAAUCUGCAGAAGUGGGAUACACAUCCAAAGAAUUUCAGGCUAUGCUCAGCCCUAAAAAAUGUAACAGACCAUGCUCAAAAAAACAUUUUCUAAAUUUAAGGAAUAUGGGGAAUCAUUCAGUGAUGCUUCAGACCUUCUGGAAAAUCAUAGAAAAUAUAAUGGAGUAAAAGCUUGCAUAUGUAAUGAGUGUGGGAAGAGCUUUCAGAAGAUAUGUCUUAUUCAGCAUAAGAGUAGUCAUACUGGAGAGAGACCCUAUGGGUGUGAUCAGUGUGGGAAGUCUUUUCACCAAAGUGGACAUCUUAUGCAACAUCGGUCAGUUCAUACAGGAGAGAAACCUUUUGAAUGUAAUGAAUGUUUUAAGGUUUUUCACCUGAGCACAGGGCUUACUGAACAUCAGAAAAUCCAUACUGGAAAGAAACCUUAUGAAUGUAAUGAAUGUGGGAAGGUCUUCCAUCACAGUUCUCUUCUCAUUCAGCAUCAAAGAAUUCAUACUGGAGAGAAACCUUAUGAAUGUGGAAAAGCCUUCCGCUAUAGCUCAUAUCUUACUCAACAUCACAUGAUUCAUACUGGAAAGAAACCUUAUCAAUGUUAUGAAUGUGGAAAGGUCUUUUGAGACAGCUCACAGCUUACUAAAUAUCAGACAAUUCAUACUGGAGAGAAACCCUAUAAAUGUAAUGAAUGUGGGGAGGGGUUCUGCCAUAGUAUUCAACAUAUUGUACAUCAGACAAUUCAUACUGGAGAGAAACCUUACAAAUGUAGUGAAUGUGGGAAUGCCUUCUGCCAGGGUUCACAGCUUACAACUCAUCAGAGAAUUCAUACUGGAGAAAAACUUUAUAAAUGUAAUGAAUGUGGUAAGGCUUUCUGCUUGGGCACAGGCCUUAGUGAACACCAGAGAAUUCACACUGGAGAAAAACCUUAUAAAUGCAGUGAAUGUGGAAAGGCCUUCUGCCAUAGCUCACACCUUACCCUACACCAGAGAAUUCAUAGUGGAGAGAAACCUUGUGAAUGUAAUGAAUGUGGAAAAGCCUUCCUCAAAAGCUCCUAUCUUAUUUGACAUCAGAUGAUUCAUACUGGAAAGAAACCUUAUCAAUGUUAUGAAUGUGGAAAGGCCUUUCGAGAUAGCUCACAGCUUACUAGACAUCAGAGAAUUCAUACUGGUGAAAAACCUUAUGAGUGUAGUGAAUGUGGAAAGACCUUCUGCCAGAGCACACAACUCACAGCACAUCAGAAAAUUCAUACUGGACAGAAGCCUUAUGAGUGUAAUGAAUGUGGGAAGACUUUUCACCUGAGCACACAUCUUACAGUACAUCAGAAAAUUCAUACUGGAGAGAAGCCUUAUGUGUGUAAUUAAUGUAGGAAGACUUUUCACUUGUGCUUACAACUUACUGUACACCAGACAAUUCAUACUGGAGAGAAACCUUACAAAUGUAGUGAAUGUGACAAGAUCUUCCGCCAGAGUUCACAGCUUACUCGACAUCAGAGAGUUCAUAUUGGAGAGAAACCUUAUGAAUAUAAUGAGUGUGGGAAGGCUUUCUGCAUUAGCACAUACCUUAAUCUACAUCAGAAAAUUCACAAUAGAGAAAACCCUUUUGAAUAUAAUGAAAAUGGUGAGGUUUUCUAAGAGACCAUAGAUCUUAUUGGAUAUCAGAAAAUUUGUCCUUGAGAGAAAUCUUGAGAUUUUAAUGAAUGUAGCUAAGCCUGCCAUUAAACAGGCUUUAUUCAAUAUUGGGAAAUUGAUAGUGGAGAGAAACUAUGAAUGUAAUGACUGAGGGAAAACUUUCCUGCAGAGUAAAUACCUUUCUCAUCAUAAGUCCAUAUUAGUGAAAAGAUCCUCAUGAAUAUAAUGAAUUUUUAAAAGCCUCUGCCCAAACAGAUAACUUAUUGACCUUGAGGUAGUUCCAACAGGAGAAAGGACUGAUUGUUAGAAUUUCCAUAGCUUUGAAGUUGGAAAGGACUUUAAAGGUCACCUAGUCACAGAAUCACAGAAUUUGAGAGCUGUAAGUGAUGUCAGGACUAUCCCAACCUAGACACUAGGUGUCCCCACUAUAACAUAUUAAACGUGGUCAUCCAGAAAACCUGCAAGGAGGGGGAGCCCACUAUUUCUCAUGGCAGGCCAUUUUUUGGGGUGGCUCUAAUUAUUACAGUUAUUCCUAGUAUCAAAACUAAAUUUACCCCCUUGCAGCUCCAACACAUUACUGCUUAUUCUGCCUUCUGCAGCCAAAGAGAACAGGUUUAAUCCCUCUUCCAUAGGAUAGCUAUUGAAAUACUUGAAGAUAUCCUCUGAGACAUCCCCAGGAUAAAUAUGAGCCCCUACUUCAAUUGAUUCUUAGGCUAUGUACUCAAGGCCCAUCCCUACUCUGUUCUCCUUUAACACUCUCCACUUUGUCAAUAACCUUCUUCAAAUGGUGCCUAGAACUGAACACAAUCCACCAGAUGAGGUCUGAUGACAGGACAGUGGGGAUGAUCAUCUCCCUUUUUCCUGGAAGUUAUGCCCCUCAACAGAGACCAAGAUUACUGUUUGGGACAAACCGCCUCAGUUUAUCCAAGUAACUCGAGGAGAACACCAAGUCAAGCAGAGACAGAUUUAUUACAUCCUCAUGAGGACGGGCAAAACCCAAUUACACAUUGAAGUCUUGCAAAGAUAUGCCCAAUCUUUUAGGUUUUUAUAGUAAUCUUGAAAAGGACUGUCCCCACGUACACUUAGGGUGGAUGAGCUCACAAUCUAAUAUCCAAUCCUGUCUCUCCCAAAAUGCAUACCCAGCUCAUGAUCCAUUUAUGGAGACAUGUCCAAGAACAAAGGGGAGAAGGGGAAGGGGUACAAGUCUGAGGAAUG